ACAGGAACAGGAAGUUCCUCGCGACCCCGAGACGGCGAAAUAAAAACAUCCUGUAGCGAUGCGAAGAUUUCGAGAAAUAAACAUACCACGCGCACGCGACGCACAACGUGGCGCGAAUCAAACGCGCCGUGUCUUACGUGUUUUUCGUCGAUUCGAGCUCGUUAUUUUUAUGGCCCACUUUCGGAUUUCGGUGACCCAAGAGCCCGUUUGCACGAAGGCGACUGAUCUUGACACGCAAGAAUGCAAUCUAUGCAAGAGAGCAUAUGUGCUAACGAUAUCGAGAGUCUGGAUACGGACACUGUCAUACCAGUUGAACUAUUCGAUUGCAAUGUCUCUUCUCAUUCGAGAACCCAAGAUGCCUCGACCAUGGUGGAACUUGGAAAACAGCUUCUACAUAACGCAAAAAAUGGAGACACUGAGACUGUUCGCGAGCUCAUGUGUAGAGGCGCACCGUUUACUACAGAUUGGCUUGGUACAAGUGCGCUUCACCUGGCUGCACAGAACAAUCAUAUAGAGACUGCUGAAGUUCUGCUUAGAGCAGGAAUAUCAAGGGAUGCUAGGACAAAGGUUGAUAGAACUCCAUUACAUAUGGCAGCAUACGAAGGCCAUCAUCAGAUGGUACAAUUGUUGCUUAACUAUGGAGCAGAUGUUGAUAGUAGAGACAUGCUGAAAAUGACUCCAUUACAUUGGGCAGUAGAACAUGAGCAUGUAGAUGUAAUGCACAUUUUAUUAGAUCAUGGAGCUGAUACGAAUGCGACUAGUAAAUUCCAUAAAACUCCAAUCAGUCUUGCAUUAGAGCAUGAUAGGUUAGACUUAGUGGAUAUACUGCAACAGCAAAGAGAAAUAAUAGGUAUCCAAGCUCAUCAACAGAGUCAGGCUAAUUCUGCAGAAUUAGAAGUAGCUACUCAUAAUUUAGUACAAUUAGAAGCUGAAAAUAAUAGCAAAAGUUCGAUAAUACACGAAGAGGAACAGUACAAGUUUGAAAUAAAGCAACAACGUAAACGCAAACAUUCUCAAGAGAAAAAGCAAAAAAUGAUCUUUCACCAAAUUUCCAUAUCACCAAACAACACAGAUGGUGAACAAGAUAAAGAAACUGAGGAUGUUGAAAUGAUUGAUACAAAUACUGUUAUGAAUAGUAAAAAACAUAAAGAUAUUAUGUCGAUAGGAAGUAUUGGUAAACAUUUUAGGUUAUUAGAAGCACAUGGAAUCACAAUGAUACCUAUGGAUGAUGAAUCAUCUAUUGUAGAGAAUGCAAUGGAAAGUGGGAGAACAGUAGUUUUGACAGAAGCUGGAAAACUUGCUUUAAAUUUGACGAAAGGUUCGCAGAUUAAGCGCCUUCAAGUUGCUUCGAGAAAAGGGACAGCGAGAAAAGUUAUAGCAAUUAGAACAGAUCAAAUCCAAUCCAAAAUCUUAAGUUCAAAUUCUAAUACAUCUGCUCGGGGUCCAAACAUUUUGAAAAGAUCUGCUGUAGAUAACAAAACAGCCAAGUUAUUUGUUACAACAAUUCCUAAUACUACAACAGUACCUACUGUUACUGAAAUCAAGAACUCGCUUUCAUUGAAGGAGAAAAUUGCGAGUUUUCCAACUAAGAUCACGGAACCAACAGUUUUACAAUUGAAUGAUGAUAUAGAAGAAGUAAUUGAAGAAGAUCCGGAAAUAGAACCAAUAACAGAUAUAGCAAUAUUAAGCAAACAAUUAGCAGAAGCGCGAAGACAAGCCGCUGAAUAUCGUAAACAAUUGCAAGAGAAAGAGAAAGAAGCAGAAAUAUAUAAGCAACAACUGAAGAACAUCACAGCGCAAAUAGCAUCUAAGUGAUUUUGUACAGGUAUAGAUUUCAUAUUCAGUUUCAUGAUUCGCAAAUCAGAUUUGUUUCUUUAUACCACAAAAUUUUGGAGCUUUGUUAUUUAUAGUAAAUUUUAUCAUGUUGUGGAGUCCAGAAGUAAUUAUAAAAACAAAUUCUUUUUUUUUAUGUAUUUUGCUUCCAUAAAUACAAAAUAACAGUCUGCCAUUUUCAUUACUAACACAGUCUUAUAAUGAAUAGUUUUAGGAAACCGAAAAUUUGUCACAUAAAAUGUUAAUGUCCAUUUUAUAUUUUAUUAAGCAUGAAUUAUUUCUAUUAGGUGAAUACUGUACAAAAUAUAAAAAUUAAAUAAUUUUUGGUAGAGUUCUGUCUCUUCCUAAAUUUUUUGGUCAGAUACAGUUAAUAAUUUGAUAUAUAAAUACAUAACAAUAUAUAACUAUAUAAAUUAUUUUGCUUUCCACAUAAUGUUAGCCAGUUUAAUAUCAAUAUAAUCAGUUCUGCAGAUAGAUUAUAUAUGUAUUAGAUUAAAUUGCAUAAAAAUUCUAAAUUAGGAAACAAAUGGAUAAAUAUUAAAUGAUGAUCCUGUUACCGACUCAAAAUAAAAUUUAUAAAAUAAUUUUUUGAUCAAAUUUAAUCUUAUCAGAUUGAGUUACUUGGAUCAUUUAUUUAUUCAAAAAAAGAAAUAUUUCUUAUAUUUUUCUGUGUUUAUAACUCAACCUAAUACAUAUAUCCUAAGCUUAUCUUUAUAAAAUAUAGAUCUUCUUUCCUUUUUGUAAUAAAUGUAUAUAUACAUUAAUUUUUAUAUGAAAAGAAUGAGAGACAAUUAAACAAUUGUUAUUUUUUCUUAAUGAUUCAUAACUCAUUACUGGAAUCAUAUAAUGUUGAAACAUAAGCUCUUUUUAAAUGAGCAUGUUGAUUGUGUUAGUCGCUGUCUAACAUUCAUCUUAUAUAUAGUCAUUUUUGUGUGCAGCAUCAGUUACUAAGUAAUAAUAAAGAAUGUGCGCGCAAUUCAGCACAAAGAUUAGUGCUGUUAAUAGUCUAUAAACCAUUAUCUAUUUUAUACAUAUUGUACUUUUAUAAAUACACAAAUUAUGCUUCUAUGAAUAUUGUUACAAAUUGAUUAUCACAAACAUUGAGAUGACUAAAAUAUAAAAUGUUUUUGAAGUUAUUAUAUAUGAAGUCUAUGUAAAUUUUUUUCUGGAGCUAUAAUUAACAUUACUACAGUUGUAUAUAUUGUUGAGACAUCCACAUCAUGAAAUUGCUUGUGCUUUUAAAUAGAACGCAUAAUGUGGAAAGCAAAUCAAUUCGGCAAAUAUUUUCGAGCUUAUAACUUAAAAACAUGCUUAAAAUCAUUUUACAUAGUCGAUUACACAGUACAUCGCUUCACAUAUAUUUUUUAAUAUGAAAUGCUUGCAUUCCAAAUAUUUUCUCAACAGCUGAUUGGUUAAAGUUUUCAAUGCUAAAUCAACAGUUAUUGUGAAAAAAAAAAUAUGAAUAAGAAAAAAAUUUUUGGUAUUGACACUAUUAGUGCCAAUAUUAGAUUUUUAGGUGCUAGAGUAUUCGACCAAUGUGAUUUAAUUUAAAGAUAUCUCGAACGAAAUGUGAAACGAUGGGAUAGUGUACAGCAGAGGAUGUGCAGGAAAGUAGUUAACCUCAGGUACAAAAAAAUGCGUUGUUGUAUAAAACACUAUGGCAGAAAGUUGUGGGAUGCAACGGUCUAUAUCUAGGAUAUAAUUCUUUUUUUUUUUUUUAAGUAAGAUUUUUCUAUAGCAUACACAGUGUACAUUGUAUAUACAAUAUAAAUAUAACUUUAUAUAUAAAACUAUUAAAAGUUGUUAAUUAUGAGCUGCAAAAAUUUCAUUCAAGAAUAAAGACUGUUUUCUAUAUAA